ACUUUCAGAUCUGAAGGUCUUCAGGUAGCACCCUUUGUGCAUUGCCUGGCCUGUUGGAGAAGAUGUGGUGGAUUGUGCAAGCCCUCAAAGAUCCUGUUUUGGUGUGGAAGUUCCAAGAAUAUUUUGGGAUUGUGAAGGUAAAGCCAGGUCCUCCAGCAACUGAAAAUGGGAAUGAUCUCUGUUCCUCUAACAUUGAAAGUGUUUUGGAAAUUCAAAAGAUGUUACAUGAGAACCAUAAAGUGAAUGGAGACUGUUGUGCUGAGCAUAUUCAGGAGAAAGAUGUUCUAGAUGCUACCAAGCAAAGAAAGUUCGCCCACACCUUGAAGCAAUCGUCUGAUGAUUUAUUCAGUUCCUGCUCUGACUCUGAUUCAGAGCAAAAGGACUAUGAAGUCAGGAAUUGGUUCUGGUAUUAUGCCUUCUCACUGGGAGGCUUUCUUGGAUCUCCAGGAUUCUAUAUUACAUUUUUCCCAUUUUGGUUCUGGAAUGUGGAUGCUGCUGUUCUUCGAAGAGUAAUCAUCAUAUGGACUGUGGCGAUGUAUAUUGGGCAGUCAAUGAAAAAUAUUGUGAGAUGGCCCAGACCACCUUCACCUCCAGUGGUGAAAUUGGAGAAGCGUUUUGCCCUUGAACAUGGAAUGCCAUCAACACAUGCAAUUGUGGGAGUGAUUGUCCCAAUGGGGAUUUUGUACUUCACCAGUGGCAGAUACAUUUACUCAUUUCCUCUGGGACUUUUCAUUGCCAUUACUUGGAGCUUGCUUGUGUGUGGGAGUCGUCUCUACCUUGGAAUGCACACUGCAGCAGACGUGUUGGUUGGUGUUGCAAUUGUGGGGGUGCUGAUGCCUCUCAUGAUACCUGUGAUAGAUGACCUGGAUCUGUUCAUAUUGUCCAACCCAUAUUCUCCUAUCAUUAUUAUUUCCCUUGUGAUUGUGGCCAUGAUCAUCUACCCGGACAGUGGGAAAGACACUUGGUGUUCAUCCAGAGCAGAUACGGUGAUGAUAGUUUGUGUUGGUGCUGGGGUGUUGGUGGGCUCAGCAAUAAACUAUCAAUGGGAGUAUAUUCACCCAUCUCCCUACCCACCACCUUACUCAAUUGUGUGGCCCACCUUUGAUAUGGUGGGCCUUUCCCUCCUUCGGAUGGCUAUUGGCCUCAUGAUCCUCCUUGCAACCAAAGCAACUGUGAAGUGGCUUUGCCUAGCCAUCCUGGAAGCCAUUUUUCUAAGAAGACCCUUCAGUCCCUCCUUGUGGCGGCAAGAUGUUGCCAUCGAGUGCACCUACAAAUUCUUCACCUACCUUCUGAUUGCCAUCAAUACCUUAUUUCUUUGUCCAGCAGUUUUCAUCAUUCUCAACAUUGAACGACCUCUGUGGUAUACUGAGGUGUGAGAAU